CAGGCAGUGGCUCGACUGGCGGUCACUUCUGCCCUCUGUGUUGUCUUCAUUCCUCGUUCCCGGUCGCCGGCGGCGGCGGCUGCACGGGUGGUGGCGCGGUCCCUGCGGGAGGCGCUGCACAAGCCGAGCGGCGGCCUCGAAGCGUCGAGCCCAAAGCGGCGGCUAGGCAGCCAACAUGGCGGCGGCGGCGGCGGGCCCGGAGAUGGUCCGCGGGCAGGUGUUCGACGUGGGGCCGCGCUACACCAACCUCUCGUACAUCGGAGAGGGCGCCUACGGCAUGGUUUGCUCUGCCUAUGAUAAUCUCAACAAAGUUCGAGUUGCUAUCAAGAAAAUCAGUCCUUUUGAGCACCAGACGUACUGCCAGAGAACCCUAAGAGAGAUAAAAAUCUUACUGCGCUUCAGGCACGAGAAUAUCAUCGGCAUCAAUGACAUCAUCCGAGCACCAACCAUUGAGCAAAUGAAAGAUGUAUAUAUAGUACAGGACCUCAUGGAGACGGAUCUCUACAAGCUCUUGAAGACGCAACACCUCAGCAAUGACCAUAUCUGCUAUUUUCUUUAUCAGAUCCUGAGAGGACUGAAAUAUAUCCAUUCAGCUAACGUUCUGCAUCGUGACCUCAAGCCUUCCAAUCUCCUGUUGAACACCACUUGUGAUCUCAAGAUCUGUGACUUUGGCCUUGCCCGUGUUGCAGAUCCGGAUCAUGAUCACACAGGGUUCUUGACAGAGUAUGUAGCCACACGUUGGUACAGAGCUCCAGAAAUUAUGUUGAAUUCCAAGGGUUAUACCAAGUCCAUUGAUAUUUGGUCUGUGGGUUGCAUCCUGGCAGAGAUGCUCUCCAAUAGGCCUAUCUUCCCAGGAAAGCAUUACCUUGACCAGCUGAAUCACAUCCUGGGUAUUCUUGGAUCUCCAUCACAGGAAGAUCUGAAUUGUAUUAUAAAUUUAAAAGCUAGAAACUACUUGCUUUCUCUCCCGCACAAAAAUAAGGUGCCGUGGAACAGGCUGUUCCCAAAUGCUGACUCCAAAGCUUUGGACUUACUGGAUAAAAUGUUGACCUUUAACCCUCACAAGAGGAUUGAAGUUGAACAGGCUCUGGCCCACCCAUACCUGGAGCAGUAUUAUGACCCAAGUGAUGAGCCCAUUGCUGAAGCACCAUUCAAGUUUGACAUGGAAUUGGAUGACUUACCUAAGGAGAAGCUCAAAGAACUCAUUUUUGAAGAGACUGCUAGAUUCCAGCCAGGAUACAGAUCUUAAAUUGGUCAGGACAAGGGCUCAGAGGACUGGACGUGCUCAGAUGUCGGUGUUCCUCCCAGUUCUUGACCCCUGGUCCUGUCUCCAGCCCGUCUCAACUUACCCACUCUGACUCCUUUGAGCCGCUUGGAGGGGCAGUUUCUGGUAGUAGUGGCUUUUAUACUUUCACAGAAUCCCUUCAUCCAGAGAUGUUUCCUGGCAACAGUGCCCUGCAGCAGUGUGCACAUUGAGUGCACUUACUGCAUACUGUUGCUUAGUCACUAACUGCUUUCUGGUUUGAAAGAUGCAGUGGUUCCUCCCUCUCCUGAAUCCUUUACAUGUCAUCCUGCUGAACCAUGCAGCCUCACCAGGGCGAGAGUCUUUCCAAACUGGCUCUAGUCACUGACUCUCGCUUUACAGUAAAGAAUGCUAUUACAUAAGGCACUUUAAGUCAGUGACAGCUCAAAAUUUGCACUUCAUCUGUUGACUAGAAACUGUCUACCCAGAGCAGGAGCUUGUGGACGUCCCUGGAUGGUAUUGCAGGCCGCAGGGGCAUGUGCUUCUAUCAUGGGAGUCUUGGGGGCAUUUUUCUGUGUAUCAUGUUAGUUCCAUAUUUAAGGUAUGUGCUAUUUGCCCAGCUUCUAAAAAAUUGAUCAUUCUUCUAGAAAGGAAGCCUUGCACUGGCAAUGUUACUCUACAGGUUUUCUUGUACUGUAAUGGAGGUAUAGCACUUGCCAACAUAUUAGGUGCUGUCCUUAACCAGAGAUUUAAAGUAACGGCUGUGCUUGUCAUUUGCUGCAAGAUGUAUAAGCACUGAGCUGUAGAAGUUUCUGGUGAAGUAGAGAGCAAGCUGACCUAGAUGUUCAGGGAGGAGCUCCAUAUAUGCCUUGAGCUGUUUCACACAGAAGGCUGUUUGCGUAACCACAUCCACUGCCUUGGGAUUUAGCUAAGAGGAACGCUGCGUCUUUAAAUGAGAAAGUGUACAGUUCUUCUCUUACAGCAUGUCAGCAUCUCAAACCCACUUUUCAGCAGUUUAAUGACUUGUAAUAAAGCCUUCAUGAGCUCUCAUCAUGAAGCUCUGUUCUGUUGCCAAGUUGAGGUGUUUCUGGUACUGCUGAGUUAAUGUCAUAAAAGACUAGCAGUAACUGUUCGAGCUCUCUCCUAUUUACUGAUUGCCUCUCUAUUUUGUUCCUGCGCUGUGUGCUGUGGAGUUGAUGGUGUAUCCCAGUGCAGUGCCUCCUGACCCCCCUCACUGCUCUCUGGUGAGAAGUUUGCCUUGUUCCAUACUUACUGUGCCCUUGCAUGACUGUUAAGGCUUUCUGUGCAGAGAUCACUGUCCAAGUGUCACAGCCUGUGAUUGAGUAAAAUCUAUUGUGACCUCUGAGUUGUUUUCCACAGAGAGACUGCUACCCAGAAGAUAACUUAGGAAAGAUAAUUCUAGUAUUAGCUCUUCAUUUCUCAGCUGUCUUUUUUGUUUUUCUCCCUUGUUUUUUGACAGCAAUGGAGAAUGGAUUCUAUAUAGACUGCCUGCUAGUAUGAACAGCAAUGCACUUGUAACUCAUGGAAAUAAAUGUACAUCUUUAUCUUUACACUGAUGAUACGAUUCAGUGUUGAUUUCCUCUGGAUCGGUGUGUCUUAAGUGGAUAGUCAUAAUCAAUUUAUAAUUUGUGCUUCAGACAGAUCUUGGGCCUCAUUCUACUCCUCUCCACCCACCCCCUCCCUGCACUGCCCCACACAGCUGUUUAUAUAAGAUGGCUUAGGUUCUCUGCCAACUGUGAUGGUGCACACCUUUAGUCCCAGCCCUCAGAAAGCAUGGCAGGUGGCUCUCUGUAUUGGAGGCCAGCGAAGUCCAGGACUGUGUAGG